AUGUCUCUGUUGGACACUCAUGCUCGCACUCCCACUAGUUGUCAGGAUGAAAAGGAAACCUUGGAGAAUGAAUCUGCAAUUGACAGCAAUGUUUGUAAGGAUGUGAAUCUUCAACCAGUGUCAGCUCACUCUUCUGGUGAAGGUUUGCCAUAUGCACCUGAAGGGUGGCCUAAUCCUGGUGAUGUAUGGGGCUGGAAAGUGGCGGCAAGGAAGAGCAAGGGGGGUUAUUUUUAUGAUAGAUCCCUUACCCUUCCAGCAUCUCUUCAGAAGGGUUCUCGGAAGCUAGAAUUACGAAGCAAGGCUGAUAUUAAGAGAUAUCUUAAGUCAAAUUUUCCUAACAUGACAAUUGAAGCAUUCUUUACUUUAUUUAGCUGGUUGGUUCCCUCAGCUGAGCAGACCCCCAAAGGAGAAAAUGCCACAGAUGAUACUGUCACCCAGAGAAAUUCAAGAUGGAAAAUGAUAAGUGGCACUCACCCAACAGGAGAAGAUGCCGCAGAUGGUACUGACACUCAGCGUAAGUCAAAACGGAAAAUGAGCAGUGGCAGUCAGCCAACAGGAGAUGAUGCCACAGAUGAUGCAGGUACCAGGAGAAAGUCAGGACGGAAAACAAAAAGUGGCCGUCACCCAACUAAGAAAUCCUUGGCCCUAGUUCCUGUUGAUUCGUGUUUAACACCUGAUCAAGUUGCAAAUUUUGAUGCAUAUCUUGAUAAUUUGGAGAACAUGCUUGUUAUGCCUCAUAUUGAAACGACACCAUUGGAUCAGUGGACUUGUGCUACUGUGUUGGAUAUGGAAUCAAUAGAGUGUUGCAAGAAGAAGCUUUCUUCCCUUCUUGCUCUAGAUUUUCCUUCUCUGGUCUCAAGCAAUGAUGUUGCAGAAGUUGCAACACUUGCAUCUCAAAUUCGCGAAGAUCCCUGUCUCAGUGUCGAUCAACUGUUCAAGUUAAAAUUGGUGGAACAAGUUCCCUUAGCUGGUGAGGCCUUCCUUGACGCCAAGGAUAACAUUGAAGAGGCAGACAAAUUCAUGGCUGACCUAGUGGCAAAGAAGCUCAAAGUUCCUAGUCUCAAAAAAGAGUACAACUUAUUGAAGGACAAAGUGGCUGAGAGAGAGGCUGAAAUGGACAUAAGUGUUUUAUCUCUCAAAGAAAUUGAUGAUCAAAUUCUGCAGCUUCAAUCAAAACGGAACCGGAUUUCCGGUGCCCUUGAAACCAUGCAGAAGGAUAAAGGUAAACUCACUUCUGAGCUAACAAAAGUUGCCAACUCAAUUUCAACCCUUGUUCAUGAGAUUCAGUCUGGAUUAUCCCAGAAAUCAAAAUGGGAUCUGAAGAAAGCCAACAAUGUACGACGGGUAGCUGAGAUACAAGAAAAGUUCCUCACUCUAAGAGGGUUAACGUUUUAA